CGCGCCGCGCGGGCUUCGCUGGCGGCUGCAAAGAGCUCACAGUGCGGCCCGCGCUUCCCAGCGUCGGCACUCGGCCGUCCGUGCCCACCGUGCCCAUCCCGCCAUGGCCGCGGCCGCCCUCCUAACCCGGUCCCGGCCACUGCCCCUGCUCCUGCUGCCGCCGCUGCUGCUGCUGUUGCUGCUGCUGCUGCGCGCCGGCCGGGUGCGCGCUGACAGUAAGGUGUUUGGUGACAUGGACCAGGUGCGAAUGACCUCAGAGGGCUCUGACUGCCGCUGCAAGUGCAUCAUGCGGCCGCUGAGCAAGGACGCGUGCAGCCGGGUGCGCAGCGGGCGGGCGCGGGUGGAGGACUUCUACACUGUGGAGACCGUGAGUUCAGGGACCGACUGCCGCUGCUCUUGCACGGCGCCACCCUCCUCACUCAACCCCUGCGAGAACGAGUGGAAGAUGGAGAAGCUCAAGAAGCAGGCACCAGAGCUCCUCAAGCUACAGUCCAUGGUGGAUCUCCUGGAGGGCACCUUGUACAGCAUGGACCUGAUGAAAGUGCACGCCUAUGUCCACAAGGUGGCCUCCCAGAUGAACACGCUGGAAGAGAGCGUCAAGGUGAACCUGAGCCGGGAGAACGAGGUGGUGAAGGAGGGCAUGCGCCAUCUCAGUGAGCAGCUGAAGCGCUAUGAGAAUCACUCGGCCAUCAUGAUGGGCAUCAAGAAGGAGCUCUCCAGCCUGGGCCUCCAGCUGCUGCAGAAGGACGCCGCCACGGUCCCAGACGCUGCCCCAGCCCCCGGCCCUGCUAGCAAGGCUCAGGACACAGCUGGAGGGAAAGGCAAAGACAACAACAAAUACAGCAACAUGCAGAAGAGCUUUGUAGACAGGGGCCUCCCAAAACCUCCUAAGGAGAAGCUGCUGAAGGUGGAGAAGCUGAGGAAGGACGGCGGCAAGGGCAGAUUCCCCCAGCCCACAGCCAAGCCCCGGACCCUGGCCCAGCAGCAGGCUGUGAUCCGAGGCAUCACCUACUACAAGGCGGGCAGGAAGGAGAUGGCCGAAGCUGUGGCUGACAACGCCCUCAAGGGCACUUCCUGGCUGGAACAGCAGCCGCCCAGGACCGAGGGCAGAUCACCAGAGCCCAACUCAGCAGAACAAGACGAGGCUGGGCCCAGGGCCUCAGAGGGAGCGGACUUGGCCUCCGGCACCCCCGGCUUGGACCCCUCCGUCACCUCCACCCCAACUCCCACCACCCGUCCCCUGCCCACCGAGCCACCUUCACGCCCAGACGUCCCCAACCCAGGCAGAGAGAUAAGCUGUGAGGGCACCCUCCGGGCUGUGGACCCCCCCGUGAGGCACCACAGCUACGGGCGCCAUGAGGGAGCCUGGAUGAAGGACCCCGCCGCGAAAGAUGACAGGAUCUAUGUCACCAACUACUACUACGGGAACAGCCUGGCAGAGUUCCGCAACCUGGAAAACUUCAAGCAAGGCCGCUGGAGUAACAUGUACAAGCUGCCCUACAACUGGAUCGGCACGGGCCACGUGGUGUACCAGGGUGCCUUCUACUACAACCGCGCCUUCACCAAGAACAUCAUCAAGUACGACCUGAGGCAGCGCUUCGUGGCCUCCUGGGCGCUGCUGCCAGACGUGGUGUACGAGGACACCACGCCCUGGAAGUGGCGCGGCCACUCGGACAUCGACUUCGCCGUGGACGAGAGCGGCCUGUGGGUCAUCUACCCCGCGGUGGAUGACCGCGACGAGGCCCAGCCCGAGGUGAUCGUGCUGAGCCGCCUGGACCCCGGCGACCUCUCCAUGCACCGCGAGACCACGUGGAAGACGCGGCUGCGGCGGAACUCCUACGGGAACUGCUUCCUGGUGUGCGGCAUCCUGUACGCCGUGGACACGUACGACCAGCAGGAGGGCCAGGUGGCCUACGCCUUUGACACGCACACGGGCACCGACGCGCGCCCGCAGCUGCCCUUCCUCAACAAGCACGCCUACACCACCCAGAUCGACUAUAACCCCAAGGAGCGGGUGCUGUAUGCCUGGGACAAUGGCCACCAGCUCACCUACACCCUCCACUUCGUGGUCUGAGCAUGGACCUGUGCUCACAGGAGAGGAGGGGCAGUGGGCAUGGGGGCUCCCCACAGCAACUCCUGCAAGGGGCUCCAUCAGCAAAUAUUUUGGGGGGGCCAGGUCCCGGGGCAGGUGCUGGGCAUGUGGCACAGCCAGGUCAAAGCUCCCUUGGCCCCAGUGGGUUAGUAAUCCCUUCCACUCACAGAGCACCCUGCCAAGAGCUUCGUGUGCACUCAAUCCCACUCAGUCCUCCCACUGGCACCCUUGGAGGUAGAGAUGAUUCAGCCCAUUUAACAGAUGAGGACACUGAGGCUCAGAGAGACCGUUCCCUUGCCUAAAUAGCCUCACUUUGGAUCAGGCAGGCCAUGCUUUACAGAUGAGGAGACCUGACCACACUCCCCUACACCUCCAGGCCUCUCCCUACUCCUAUAGUUUCUCUUGCUCUCUCAACUCUGUCUCCCUUCCUGGGGCCGCUCUAAACCAGAGGCCUCUGGGACCCAUGCACUAGUGUUGGUUGGAGGCUCCGCUCCGUGUACCACCCCAGGCGCCCGUUCUGGCCGAACUGUUGGUGGCCCUGGGCUUCAGGCCCCUUGGCUAAUGUUCCUGCUCCUUGCCUCUAGCCACCCCCCCUCCCCCCCCGCCCCUGCCACCCCUCCUCACCGUUCUGUCCAACCACAUUCCAAACCUCCAUGGUCACCCAGCCACUGAGCAGAAACCACACCCCGAGGAAAAAUACCAGCCCCUGUUCCAAGCUCCCCCUCCCUCUGUACUCAUUUUUAUUUUCUCUUAUUCCGCCUCAGUGCCGUCAUCUGUUUCCGCAGCAGCAGCUGAGAAGGCUGCAGGCAGCUGUCUGCCAGCCCCGACUCUACCAGGGUGGGCAGCUGGGCCAGGCCCUGAGGCUCCCUCUCCACCCAGAACGGCUGGCUUUGGCCACAUACCACAGGCCAUGGGACCUCUCCUCAGCCCUUCCCAGAGCCUUUGGGCCUGUGGUCCAUGUUGUCGUUUCUCUCUGGACCUUUGAACCCACAACCUGUAUGCACUCAGGGAUACCUCCAGGACUGCCAUGAGCAAGACCCUAGACCCGAGGCCGGGGUGGUGCCAGGAUGAAACAGAUUCCCUCUUCCUUGUCACUCCUGACCUGAUCAUUUAGUGGAAUGGCCCAGCAGCAGGGGUGGGGGGUGGUGGGGGGUGCGACACCGGGGGGAGGCUGAGAUCGGAGCAGUUGGGUCCAGGGGAGGCACGUGACCUUAUGGUUGCAGGCAAGUGCUAGAGGGUAAAAGCUGGGAGGGAAGGAGAAGGGGGUCUGUGGACCAGGCUUUUCCUGGCUUCAGAAUUAUUGGUGCACAGGUGGGCCAUCUCUCCUGGAGCUGCUGGUGGCUUCCCUGAGCCUCAGACCCAGACAGCCCACAGGACAAGACCUUCAAGCCUGCCCCUCAUCUGCCAUGAGCUAGGAAGAAGUUCACCAGUCAAACUCCCUGUUUCACCAAAGGAGAAAUAUGCCCAGAGAGGUUUAGAGAGUGGCUCGGGACCACACUGGGGAACAGGACACAGCUGAUCUUCCAGAAGGGCUUUGUCUAUACCCUUUAUUCUCCCGGUUUGGAGGCAGCUCUGCCUGGGAAGGCCAUAGACUGUCGGGCACCCAAUCCAUCCCAACACCUUUAAAGAGUAUUUACUGCUGAUCCCUGCACCACCCCCGACCCUGCUCCCCUCAUUCUGUUCCCAUGCCAGCUCCUGAAUAUCUGUAUAUUUGAACGCCCAGGUGCCAUGUUAGAAAAUUCAGCUGCAUACCCAAGAGUGUAAGGAAAUGCAUUUUGUGCAGAAGGCAUUUCUGUCAGGCAUUGUCAGGUGAUGUUUUGUUUAAGCUCUAACUCACCCCUAAAAUAAAGGGGAAUGAUGAUAGCCAGCCAAGCAAGGCCUGACUCAUAGUGGUGGACACAUCCAGCCUCCCCCACCCAAUCGACGGCGGGCUGCACUCAACAGUCUCUUCAGGGGGCUGCGUUUCCCUUGGCCCUGGGUGUGGGUUUUACAAGACUGUGUCUUUCAUGAUAUCACAGCCUAACCAUGCGAAAAGUGUUCAGACUCCUCUUGCUCAUUAGUCUGAGAAAAAGGAAAGUUACAGAGGACUGGUUUGGGAAAGUUAAAAGACAAGCAAGAUUGUUUUCUGGGGGAGAUGAUACUGGCUGCAGCCUCCAAACAUUCACUAAGUCCCUUCUGUUUUCAGGCCUUUGUGUGGGGGUCAGGUGAUGAUAGAGUUAUUUUCCUCGCUUCACAGAUAGUCGAACUAGAACCCAGACGAGUCACUUGUCAUGUAAGAAGUUAAGUGAAAGGCCGGGUCUCAAAUUCAGGUCAUCUAACCAUCACCACUGACUGAGCAUCAAGUGUGCCCGGCAUGCCAUGGGCACAUUCUUUCAUCUUCCCCACAGGGCAAGGUAUAUACUCAGAAUGUGCCCAUUUUACCGACGAGGAAAACUGAGGUGAAGGGACUCACCCUAGGUCACACAGCAGCUUAGUCUGUGGCAGAUCGGGGUUUCAGGGCUGGUCAGUACAUGCUGUUGGCCAAAUGCAUGACACGCUAGGGGUAGCUCCAGAAGUGAUGGCUUUUACUCUGUGCGACCAGGCCACAAACUGCAUCCACACUGGAGACCCAAGAAGGAGGAUGGGGUCAGCUUGUAAAGAACCUUGAACGCCAAGCCAAGAACCGUCUCCAAUCACAUUUGGAACAGAGUCAUAUAUAAAUUAACAGAGAAAAGAAAAUUCUGAGACAAGUGGAAUUUGUUCUGUUGCUGAUGGGAGGCAGGGACAGGUUUUUGUUGUGGGCUUUAUUACAUUUGGCAACAGUACUUCAAAUAAGAGAGGACCUGGACUGGGGAGGGUCAGUGUUUCUUACUGACCUUGGCUGUGAAGGCAAAGGAAGCUGUCUCCGGUGUUCUGAGCCCGUGAAGGGGCUUUGGCUGCCGCCUUUGACUCCCCCCUAGAGAUUUCUGGGCCUUGACAUUUAAUCUGCUGUGUCUACGGAGGAGAGAAGGGGGCCUCUGCCUCACAGGGCAGCCCUAAAAGUGAGGCUGGGGUUUUCCUGGGAAUGAUUUGAGUGUUCCUGAAAGCCCAUGUGUUCCAAAGCAUUUUCUCCCUGACAGCAUUGGAGGCCACUCCGGUGACAGGAACACACAGCACCAGAUAGGGUUAUCAGGGAGCCUGGGUAGGAGUUAGGGAGCCCUGGGUUGGGAUCUGGCUCUACCCCUUAUAUGCUGCAUGCUUGGGCAGGGUAGGGACUGACAGAGGGGACAGAUGUCAACUCCCUUUUGUGGCUGAAAACUUUCAGCUUAGUGAGGACUAAGGGCGGCUGAGGACCCAAGCAGCACCCUCCUAGAGCUAGAAGGCACCUUGACACGCAUGAUUCCCGACGUAACUAGGAAUCCCCAAGGUUGGCACUACUUUUCCCCGUUACAGGUGAUGAACCUCAAGUUCAGAAACGUUAAGCAACCUGCUCAGGGUCGUGAGUCUGUCAAGUAGUAGAGUCAAGAUUUGCACCAGGUCUGUUUUGUACCAAGGCCCCAAACUAACUGUUAGGAAUCUUGUAACGAGUCGUGUUUUCUUUUUUGCUUUGGCCGCUGGGAACCUCAAAGUCAAAUUUGAGAUUACUUUUAACAAUUGUACUGAGUCAACUACUUGACUCUGACUUCAGUCUAGCUCUCUGCUUUAAUUUUUACCCCGAUCUGUUUAUUUUUUACUUUAUUGUAUUUUAUCUAUUUUUGUAAGCUGCCACAAUACCUUUUGUACAACAAGGUGGCAUAUAACUAAAUAAAUAAAUACAUGAUCAAAAGCUC